UGGAUGGCCUUAAAUGGAAUUGAGAGGAAGAUGAAGGAGUGAUUUUAAAAUUUGACAAAUGAUAAGAAAAUUUCCUUUUUUACCUCCGAUUCGUUGUCUGUCUGGCCAGAUGAGCUCUGCAUGUUGUAAGCUCAUCAAGGCAGGCAGCCAGCAAUCCUAAUUCCCAUCCAAUUUCUUAAAAUAAUAAUAAAAAAAAACACAGCACCAGAUGAUUGAUGAACUCAAUAAAUAAAAAUUAAAUACCAUGACCAAUCCCUAAAAGGGAAUUAUUCCAUUAGUGUGAUUUUGUAAACAAAAAUUUUUAGUAGGUGGUUGUUGGUUUCAGGAGCCCAACAACUUCAGAAACUGAGAAUUUAAUCAGUAGCCACAGAAAAUGUACCAACGUGUGCCUGCGGCUGUAACAACCCGAGGUGGAUCGCCCACUGACAAUGGGGAUUCAGUUGUGACUUUGGAUCAAGUUCCGCGAUGGAGUGAUGCUGAGAGUAGAUCUUCGUUCGGUUAUGAUAAUGAGGACCCUUCAUUUACAAAUCCGUUUUUCCCUGAUCCUUUAACGUCACCUUCUGAGGGGGAAAGCAGUACCUGUGGGAUGGUAUCGAGGUUCCCAGUUGAUCAUGAGAUCAACUCAAAGAUAUACUUAUGGAGGGGCAACCCUUGGAAUCUUGAGGUGGAUGCUGUUGUGAAUUCUACAAAUGAGUUACUGGACGAGGCACACAGCAGCCCUGGUCUGCAUGCAGCAGCUGGACCUGGUCUUGCAGAAGAAUGCACAACACUGGGUGGAUGUCGAACAGGGAUGGCAAAAGUUACUAAUGCAUAUGACCUUCCGGCUAGGAGAGUUAUCCAUACUGUUGGUCCCAAAUACGCAAUGAAAUAUCAUACUGCUGCAGAGAAUGCUUUGAGUCACUGCUACCGCUCUUGCCUAGAGCUUCUCAUUGAGAAUGGGCUUCAAAGCAUCGCUAUGGGCUGUAUAUAUACGGAGUCUAAAAAUUAUCCGCGUGAACCAGCCGCUCAUGUGGCUAUAAGGACCGUCCGGCGUUUCCUUGAGAAGCAGAAAAAUAAGAUUACAGCUGUUGUUUUUUGUACCACCACAUUAACUGAUACUGAAAUAUAUAAAAGAUUGCUCCCACUGUACUUUCCUCGAGAUAAACAUGAAGAAGAGGUGGCCAUCUCAAAACUUCCUGCUGAUGUUGGGGACGAGAAUGGUGAGACGAUAAUAGAUGAACGCAAAAUCAGAAUAAAGCCUUUGCCCAAGAAAAAUAUUCCGAGACCUUCCCAACCUCCAGCGGAACUUCCUGUCAUUGAUGUUGGCUUGGUACGAAGGAAUUCAUCAUACUUGGAUUCAUAUUUGGAUCCUGCCUUCAUGUCUGUAAUUAAGGAUCCAGAUCAGAGACGCAAGGAGCAAUGGGAAAAGACUGCUCAAGCAUGGAGUGGAUGGAAUUGUGCCAAAAUGCUUGGAUUCGGUGAUCUUGGAGGCCCUCCAUUGUCAGCUGCUGAAGAAUAUUCUCUUCAUUCAAGAUACCUAGCCAAAGCAAAUUCUCUUAAUCUUUCUGAAAUAGCAGAGAUGAAAAUUGUUUACCGUGGUGGGGUAGACAGUGAGGGCCGUCCUGUGAUGGUGGUAGUGGGAGCGCAUUUGUUGCUGCGAUGUCUUGAUCUAGAGAGAUUUGUGCUUCAUGUGGUAAAGGAAUUUGAGCCCUUAAUACAGAAGCCUUAUACGAUUGUGUAUUUCCACUCUGCAGCCUCUUUGCAAGUUCAACCAGACUUGGGAUGGAUGCGAAGAUUACAACAAAUACUCACUCGGAAACACCAGCGAAAUCUGCAUGCGAUAUAUGUUCUUCACCCAAAUUUUCACCUGAAGGCCACAAUUUUUGCGUUGCAAGUAUUUGUUGAUAAUGUGACCUGGAAGAAAGUGGUGUAUGUUGAUCGGCUUGUGCAGCUGUUCAGAUAUGUACCUCGUGAGCAGCUGACCAUCCCUGACUUUGUUUUCCAGCACGAUUUAGAAGUGAAUGGAGGAAAGGGUCUUAUUGUGGACCCCAGAACAAAAUAUGUGUAUCAUCGACCGUAGGCAUCAUCAGAGAUGCAGUUUCAUCACGUGAUUUUGCAAGUCAGAUUGUGGUUUCUUUAAUUUUCUUCCCGCCCCCCUCCGAAGGUGCAUUUGAUGUUGCCUUUGUACAAAUUGUAGCGGUUUUUCUUUCUCUUUUAAUCGGGGUUGCAUCUGGUGUUGAAACAUGUAUCAAUAGCAUCUCAUUUGUUUAUUUUAUUUGUUGAGCAAUGAAUGAUUGCUUUUGACAGUGGAAAUAAAAGCUAGCUUGUCCCUUAUUAUC